UUCAUAAAACGUAGACAUUGAUUUCAAACAAAAAAAUUAAUUAAUUAAAUUCUAUAAUUUUUAAAUUUAAAAUAAAUAAAAAUGUUGUAGUUCUUCCUGUUUUCGACGAUUUUGAAAAUAUUUAUAAUUAAAUGACCUUCGGUUUGUCCAAAGUAUUGUAAUUAUAAUGUUUAUUCCAAGGAAUUCUGGACAUGAUAGAUUUCAUUUCGAUUUAUCAAAGUUUGACAAAAUGAGGAUAUUAGGCUUGCAAGAUAUUUACCGAAUAUUCACGAGGAAAAAAGUGAUUAACACGCCAUCGGAAACGGAAUUAUCGAGAUGCCUCUCAACAUUGGACCUCACAGCUCUAGGAAUAGGAUCAACACUUGGAGUUGGUGUCUACGUUUUAGCUGGCUCUGUUUCUCGUGAUAUUGCUGGACCGGCUGUUAUCAUAUCUUUUGCAAUCGCAGCCUUAGCAUCAAUGAUAGCAGGUUUCUGCUAUGCAGAAUUUGGCGCAAGAGUACCAAGAGCAGGUUCAGCUUAUGUUUACAGUUACGUGACAAUGGGCGAAUUCGUCGCCUUCAUAAUUGGAUGGACCUUAAUUCUAGAAUAUGUAAUCGGUUCGGCGAGCGUUGUUCGUGGAUUAAGUACUUACGUCGAUGCACUUUUUGAUAAUUCGAUGAGAAAAGCAUUUGAAUCGGCCGCUCACAUAAAUGUCAAUCACCUCUCUUCAUAUCCGGACUUUUUUGCCUUCGGCGUUACUCUCGCCUUUUCCGCUGCUCUUGCUUUCGGGGCAAAGGAAUCGUCAAUGGCAAAUAAUAUAUUUACGAUAACAAAUUUGUCGGUGGUUCUUUUUGUUAUUAUUGCCGGAGCUUUUAAAGCGAAUGUGGAAAAUUGGAAAACUCAACCUCUAUGUACGGAGGAAAGUUGUCAAUUUGGAAAGGGAGGAUUUGCACCGUACGGUAUAGUUGGAAUUAUAUCGGGUGCAGCGACAUGUUUUUAUGGAUUUAUUGGAUUCGAUUGUGUCGCGACAACCGGCGAAGAAGCGAAAAAUCCACAAAAAUCCAUUCCAAUAGCAAUUGUCACAUCGCUUUUUGUUGUAUUUUUCGCUUACUUUGGAGUUUCCGUUGUUCUCACAAUGGUUUUGCCAUAUUUUGAACAAAAUCCAGACGCGCCAUUUCCUUAUCUUUUCGAUAAAAUUGGAUGGUCUUGGGCCAAAUGGCUGGUAUCGAUUGGCGCUAUUAGUGGAUUAUGUGCCAGUCUUCUUGGUGCAAUGUAUCCCUUGCCACGUGUUAUUUAUGCGAUGGCAUCGGACGGACUGAUAUUCAAGUGGAUGGGAAAAGUGAAUUCUCGUUUUCAUACUCCAAUGAUGGGUACAUUUUCGGCAGGUUUACUCACAGGAACCCUCGCCGCUAUUUUUGAACUUCAUCAAUUAGUCAACAUGAUGAGUAUUGGAACUCUCCUGGCUUAUUCCAUCGUAGCUGCCUGCGUUCUUAUCCUUCGAUAUGAAGAGACUGAGACAAUUGAAAAGAAAAAUGAUAACAUUCAACUAAAUUUUGUUUCCAUUGUAAAACUGAUAAUGAACUCCAAUAAAACGUCUCAAGCAACAAAAAUGACAUCUCGACUUGUAUCAACACUCGUUUUUCUUUAUAUAAUUCUUUGCGUCUGCUUGACAUCCUUAAUUUCGAUGUUCUCGAGAAAUAUCUAUCAUUUUGAAAUGACAAUCCUUGUGCCGAUAAUUCUCAUAGUCUUGGCAAUGUUUGCAAUAUUAAUGAUAAUACACAUGCAACCAGUAUCUGGAAGAAGCCUCAGUUUUUCUGUUCCUUUGGUACCAUUUUUACCAGGCUUCAGCAUAUUAAUUAAUAUUUAUUUAAUGAUGAUGUUAGAUGGAAUGACGUGGUUACGAUUUGCAGUCUGGAUGACAGUUGGUCUUAUUAUAUACUUUACCUAUGGAAUUCAUCACAGUAAAGCUUCCGCGAUUAAACGAAAUUCAAUCAGAACUGUUCAUCUUGACGGAAGGAAAACCAUAGACUCUCUAAAAUUCACGUGAUAUAGAAAGAAAAUAAAAAUAAAUAAUCGUAUACUGCAUAUUUUCUUUUAAACCAAAAUACAAAGAACAGCAAGCUCAAAUUUUUUACGCAUUUAAGAUAUUACUUAAUUUAUAAUUAAUUGUCUUUUUAUCCAAUUUUAAUUAGUGUUCUUCUUACUUAAGGACAAUUUCUUUUUAACGAAAGUGU